AAUGACAUAAUUGGAGGAAAGAAUGAUAAAUACUGGGAUAUAAUAAAAAAUAACCUUGAAGAAUAUUUUGGGGAUAAAGAUAUAUGUUACAAACUUGAAAGACACUUAUCAGUAUUUCUCGAUAAUAUAACGGAUAUAGCUAAUAUUAAUAACAAACGUUCUUAUGGUGUCAAUUAUUGGUUUGAAUGGCUAAUAAUGAAUAAAGACAAAACGACCACACAACAUAAUGUGUGUAACCCAGACAUAAAUUUAUAUAAAAUAACAUAUAUGGAAGAAUUGAAGUUUUUGUUUGAUUACAUUGAAGAGUUUGAAAUCAUUAAGGAGGCUAGUAUUAUAGAUCCUGGUUAUUCUUGCCAAAAAUGUUUUGAAUAUCUUAGAACUCCUAUUCCAUUAUAUUUUCUGUGGAAAACAAUUUGUCAAAAGUAUGAAGAAAUUAAUUCAUGUACAAAUUAUAUUAGGGAGUAUAAAAGUUAUCAUCCCAAGAAUAUCAUGAAUAAAUUAUCAUAUGGAUUAAUUAUGGUUCAAUCCUUUUUGAAUCCCUGUUACAGUAAAGUUCUAAGUUUAUUUAGCGAUUUAAAAAAGCCUCCUAGUGAAAGCAUAUAUAAACACUUAGACGACAAAAUGAAAUAA